GAACGCUGUACCUGCAUUGUCGGAGGCAAACGCUUACCUGGCUGCGUGGAUGACGACUGCGAAGCCACGGGCGGGAGGCAGCUGACAGCAAUUGAUGCGACCUACAUGGCUGUCAUUACGUUCUCCACGGUUGGCUUUGGCGACUUCACGCCAUCAACACACUUGGGCCGAACGUUGGGCUCGGCAUGGAUGAUCCUGGGCACGCUGGCCUUUGCCAACUUGGUUGGCGCGACGUCCCGCGUGCUGCGAGACGCCAAAACCGACAUUUUCAAGAAGCACCAGGUGACGAGAGACAUGUUCAAGAUCAUUGAUGAGGAUGGUACUGGCGUCAUCUCUCGCAUCGAGUUCAU